ACUUUUUGAGAGGAGAUACGUCAGUGGGAGUUUUAUUUUGAAAAUCCGCUGACCGGAACUAGUAUUUGUCAUACAGGAGCAGGGAUCACCGAGCUGAGCUAACAAGUUUAUGUUUAAGCUAAUACAGAGAAAGGAGGAUGAGCAGCUCAGAAGAGGUCUCCUGGAUAUCCUGGUUCUGUGGCCUGAGAGGGAACGAGUUCUUCUGCGAGGUUGAUGAAGACUACAUACAGGACAAGUUUAACCUGACGGGUCUGAAUGAGCAGGUACCUCACUAUCGCCAGGCUUUGGACAUGAUCCUUGACCUGGAGCCAGAUGAGGAACUUGAAGAUAAUCCCAAUCAGAGUGAUUUGAUAGAGCAGGCAGCAGAGAUGCUCUAUGGGCUUAUUCAUGCACGUUACAUCCUAACCAACAGAGGCAUCGCGCAGAUGCUGGAAAAGUAUCAACAAGGAGAUUUUGGAUAUUGCCCCAGAGUCUAUUGUGAGAAUCAGCCAAUGCUCCCAAUUGGAUUGUCAGACAUCCCUGGAGAAGCAAUGGUGAAGCUUUAUUGCCCAAAGUGCAUGGAUGUUUACACCCCGAAAUCCUCCAGACACCACCACACAGAUGGAGCUUACUUUGGGACAGGUUUCCCCCACAUGCUGUUCAUGGUGCACCCGGAGUAUCGUCCAAAGCGACCAGCCAACCAGUUUGUGCCAAGGUUAUAUGGUUUCAAAAUCCACCCGAUGGCUUAUCAACUCCAACUUCAGGCUGCCUCAACUUUCAAAAGCCCAGUCAAGACAAUCCGCUAAAACUCUGCUAUGAUGAAACAGAGUGGAUUAAAAGACUUUGUCGUUUAUUAUAUAUUUGAAGCAGGAUUAUAUAUUUACAGUGAAUGCCUGUACAGUUCCCCAAACUCACCUCUGUUGAUAGACUCACUUCCCCUCUCAUUUAGUGGAAAACUGUUAAAAGUUGAACAGUUCAGAUUUUCUUUAUUAAAUAGGUAGUUUUUCCAAAAUGAUCUCCUGGUACGGUGUUUUCAUGUCAUGUUUCCAUAUUAUAGAGGUCUGCGACAGAGAAGUGGCUUUAACUAAGUGAUAAUAAAGCCUGCAGAGUGCUGUCGGGCUGUAAAUGCGUCAGGAUUUGCCUUAUCAGUGAUGAUCAUUCAGUGCUUCUGACAGUUAAUAUUAAACUGCAUCAAAUCUUAACUUGAGCUAAAGAACUAAUUAUGGAUUGUGCACAAUAUUUCAAUGUGUUUAAUGAAGGAUUUAAUUACCAAGAAUAUUUGUCAAUGUGAUCAGGUGCUAUUUCCAAGGAACAACAACGAACAAACUGGAGGCAGAGAUCAAGAACAUGUUGGAUGAAUGUUUGAUUAUGAUAUAAAACUAUUCAGUCUCUUUGAAAUUCA